CCAUUCCAGCUUGGUAUGUUAUUAAGUGAGUAUUUAUGUACAGCGCUUCAUAUCAUUCUUUUUUGUUUGUUUGUUUGUUUUCCAGAACACUAUAAUUAUACAUCUUCAAACGUAAAUGCUGGCUUGCCUCUAAAUGUGGCGCAUUCCUCAUUGUCAACUCCAUGUCAUGGCCUUCAGACAUCAAAUCCCAUCAUUUCAGUUGUCCCAUCAACAAAUCAUCCUUCUGGAUACGGAGGACACAUUGACAGCGGGGCCUCCGACUAUUACCUGCCUCCAAACAUCAGACCUAAUGGAGCUCCAGCUCUGGAGAGCCCCAGAAUUGAAAUCACUUCUUACAUGGGACUGCAUCAUAACAACAAUCAGUUUUUCCAUGAUGAGGUUGAGGAGGCCAUCCCAAAUGCCAAGCGAUCACCUUCCACUGCCACUUUGAACUUACCAAACCUUGAGGCAUACAGAGACCCGUCCUGCCUGAGCCCAGCUAGUAGCUUGUCUUCCAGAAGCUGCAACUCUGAAGCGUCUUCCUACGAGUCCAACUAUUCGUAUCCAUACACUUCACCCCAGACCUCUCCGUGGCAGUCCCCGUGCGUCUCUCCAAAGACCACUGAUACAGAGGAGGGGUACCAGCGCGGCAUGGUGGCCUGCACUUUGCUCAAUUCUCCAAGGCACUCACCAUCAACAUCUCCCAGGACGAGCAUCACAGAAGAGAACUGGCUGGGGGCUCGCAGCUCCAGGCCUCCGUCUCCCUGCAACAAGAGAAAGUACAGCCUCAAUGGCCGGCAGGCCUCCUACUCACCACAUCACUCCCCCACGCCUUCACCACAAAACUCACCGCGAGUGAGUGUUACAGAUGAGACGUGGCUAGGAAACACCAACCAGUAUACCAGCUCUGCCAUUGUGGCUGCCAUAAAUGCUCUCACCACCGACAGCACAAUAGAUAUGAAUGACGGGAUUCCCAUCAAGUCAAGGAAGACUGCCAUCGACCACACCCCGUCCAUGACUCUCAAAACGGAACCGGCUGGCGAGGAUCAUGGGACCAUAUCGCCAACUGCCGACUUGUCACCAGAAGACUUCUCUAGCUUUCAACAUAUCAGGAAAGGAAACUUCUGCGAGCAGUACUUGUCUGUGCCACAGCAUCCGUACCAGUGGGCCAAACCAAAGUCUCUGUCUCCUACAUCCUAUAUGAGCCCAUCCCUGCCUGCCCUUGAUUGGCAGCUGCCAUCUCACUCAGGACCUUAUGAACUGCGUAUUGAAGUACAGCCUAAAUCCCACCACCGAGCUCAUUAUGAGACAGAAGGCAGUCGAGGGGCUGUGAAGGCAUCUGCUGGGGGCCACCCCAUUGUACAGCUCCAUGGUUACUUAGAAAGCGAGCCCCUGACGCUACAGCUGUUCAUUGGGACUGCAGACGACCGCCUGCUGCGACCCCAUGCUUUCUACCAGGUUCAUCGAAUCACUGGGAAGACUGUUUCCACCACCAGCCACGAAACAAUACUUUCCAACACCAAAGUCUUGGAAAUCCCACUUCUUCCAGAGAACAACAUGAGAGCAACCAUUGACUGUGCUGGAAUAUUAAAGCUCAGAAACUCUGACAUUGAGCUGCGGAAGGGAGAAACAGACAUUGGGCGGAAGAACACACGUGUGCGACUGGUCUUCCGAGUCCACAUCCCACAGUCCAACGGGAGGACCCUCUCUUUGCAAGUAGCCUCCAACCCUAUCGAGUGCUCUCAGAGAUCUGCCCAAGAACUGCCUCUGGUGGAGAAGCAAAGUACUGACAGCUUUCCUGUUACUGGAGGGAAAAAGAUGAUUCUGACCGGCCAUAACUUUCUGCAAGACUCAAAAGUCAUCUUUUUGGAGAAAGCACCAGAUGGUCACCAUGUGUGGGAAAUGGAAGCCAAAACUGACAAAGAAAUGUGCAAGCCAAAUUCAUUGGUGGUUGAGAUACCACCUUUCCGCAAUCAGAGAAUUACCAGCCCUGUUCAGGUCAACUUCUAUGUCUGCAAUGGAAAGAGAAAGAGAAGCCAGUACCAGCUUUUCACCUAUCUUCCUGCUAAUGUUCCAAUUAUAAAAACAGAACCCACAGAUGACUAUGAGCCUGCUCAAACCUGUGGACCAAUGAACCAAGGCUUAAGCCCUCUCUCUAAACCAUACUACAACCAGCAGAUCAUGAUGCCCCCUGAUCCUGGUUCGUGCCUCAUGGCUGGCUUCGCCUCCUGUCAGCAGAGGAACACGGUGAUGUCACCCUCUCCCAACGCAAGCCCCAAGCUGCACGACCUUUCAUCCUCUCCUUACAAGUGCAUCCCCAACCCCGGCCACAGUCACCUCGGACUUCAGCAGCCCGCUGGAGGUGUCCCCACCAUACAGGAAGUGCCAAGGUCUAUAGUUGUGCACCCAAGCUCCCCCGAGCAAUCAUCUCACAUCAUGCUGCAGCCGCAGGUGAGUCAACAUCUGAGCAGUAGCUGUCCCCUUGGUUAUCAACAAACACUCUAUCCCAACAGUCCCUCUUCUCCAGUUCCAUCUGUUACCCAAGAGCCAACCUAUUUGCAGUCCUGCAGUCCAACUCACUCAUCCAUAAUGGGUCAACAGCAGCAGCAACUGCCGAAGGUUCACAGAAAUGAGUCUCCAACAACCCAACCACUGUCAUUGCCAGAGUUGCAUGAGGAAAGUAAUCAUAAUUUGGCCCCUAUUCCUGUAACGAUCAAGCGAGAACCUGAGGAAUUGGACCAGAUGUACCUGGAUGAUGUAAAUGAAAUUAUAAGGAAUGACCUUUCCAGCACCAAUGUCCAUUCAUAGCUUUCCAUACGGGCCUACUAUGAAAUCCACACACUUUUGACUUAGCUGGCAUGUCAGCUCGAGUGCAGAGACUCCGAAAAUACUGAAGAUGUUAACCUGGUAGCACUCUGAUCUUCCACGUUACUGAAUGUCAGGAACUGAAGAUUUACCUCUUGCUUGCAAAGAAGUAGUUCCUCAACUUCAGCUGAUGAAAUAGCUUUAAAGAAAAUCAUCUCAAAAGAAAAAGGAGGGAGUAUACUCCAAGACUGCUCGUUUCAUGGGACAAAACUAGAAAACUCAGCAAACCCUUGAGUGCUUCUUCCCAGUGCUGAUCUUUUCAGCAUGGCUCCACUGGAAUAGAGCCCUGGAAGUGCCUUAUUUUACCAGGUUGUGGCAUCAGGGCAUUUUAAAUAAGCUUUGAAUUUGCUACCAUUAAAAGUGUUGGUAGGUAGAGAUGUAGAGCUUGCAUUCUGGGAGUGACAUUGUAAAGAUGCUUAAGACUGUGCAGCAAAGUAGGGAGUGAAAUCCCUAUCCAGCAAGAUGUGGUUAUGAAUUCCAGGAUUUCUUUGCAUUUUCUUUGUUGUAAUGUAUAUCUUAUUGCCUUAUUCUCAGUGCAUUUCAAAUUCUUUUCAUUCGUCAUCAUCUCAGCUUUCUUUAGCAUAUUGUCUUUAUGUGCUAAUGAAUCAUAGGAUUGUUAGUAGUAGCAUGUUAAGGUUUUAAUUUUAAUCUGGCUUCAGUCGUAGCACAAGUGAGUUGAAUAGCACAAAAUAAAAAAGGUUGAUGGACAAAAAAUUGAAAUCUAUCUAUUACAUGAUAGAUGAAUGUGUAUGCAUGUACAUACAUACUAGUAUAUAUGCAUAUAUUUAUAUAUGACAAAUAAUAUAGAUGAUUGCCUGGUCAGGGCACUGAGUUUAGCAAUAAUUUCAAUUUCUGAUAAUGCAUUUCAGAUCCACAACAAAUAUUUCCGCUACUUCUUUUGAGGGUUUGUUGAACCUAAAGCAGGUAUGCAUUUUCUUUCCUCAUGCAGUUAAGCAAGCACUUUACAUAGGCAAGGAGGAUGCAUACAAAAUACACGUUAUUUACCAAAUGGCAAAUUAUGAGUUAAAGUAACUGUAAAUAGCAGUAUGGAAGAGUGUAAAAUAUUUGUUCAGUUAUAAUGUUAUUAUUCCGCAGAAGCCUUAUAAUUCUCUGCUACAUGUAUGAAAAAGAAUAUUACCAAAAAACCACAAGGGUUUAAUAUGCAGCGCUGUAUAGUGUGUUUUCAGAUUAGCUAAUAUUUCUGAAGCUACAGAUAGGCAUGUAGUGUAGCCUUCAACAUUGUAUUUUUUACAAUCAACUGCUUAUUAUAUAAACAGCAACAACCUAUUAUUUCGUAUAACCAAAAAGUAAAAAUAAAUAAAAUAGCAUGACUUAAAUUAAAAAUGUUUAACAUUAAUAUUGUGCCUUAGGAAUCUGUGCCCCCUUCUGGAACUAGGCCUGAACUACACCUCCGUGCUGAGGUGACUCAUUAACCGCGACACAGUAAAGAUGGAACAGGUUUCACAAAAAGGUGAAACCCUAUUAAGCAUUUUAAAACAUUAUUCUGCAUAAUUAUGUCUUACUUUCUUUAUUAAAAAAAAAAGAAAGCCAUAUUUGUCAUAUUUGCACAUUACUGUGAAGACAUGAGAAUAUAAUAUGGCUAUAUGUACAUAAUAUGCUGUUAUUGGUCCUUAUAAUAGUCUGUUACUGCUCACCUGUUUAAUCCCAGUUAUUUACCCUGUAUUUACCACUGUAGACAUUGCAUGAAACAUUUCUUAUAGACUGCCAUAUGAAAAGUAAAAAGCUUGACAGACGUCAGCUUGACUUGUAGCUAGAAAAUAGAUCCAAUAAAGCAAAAUGUUUUGCUGGAAGCUAGUCUUAGAGUGGUUCAUUUUACGUUAUCUUGACAAAUCUUCCUUUCUCAUAUAAAAUAUGCAUUUUUACGUUAUAUACAUAUAUAUGAACAUAUAAAUCCAUCUCUUCUAUGUGAAGCAUCCUUCUGCAUCCUGCUAAUAUAAUCAUCUUAAUAUGGAAGAAAAGUCUCUUGUCAACAGACUCUUCUUUAUUCCCCCCUGCAUUUAAAGACAUUGCUGCCAAGGAAAGAAAUUGAUAUAUGAUAUAAUUAUCAGAUUUUAUUAUUUCAGUGUUUCAAAAUUGUUGACAAAGUGUGCAUGGAGGACUCUCUGGUUAUGCCAAAGCUUUUUUUUUUCAUGUGCAUAAAUACCGUGGGUGAGGCUUUUUUGGUACAGGACAAACACAGACACAUCCUCCAUCAUGUUUGCAUUUCAGCAGUAAUUUUAGAAAGGCUUUCAAUUGUAUGGUUUGGAUAUGUUGCAUCUCCUUCACCCUUAUUUUUAUUUUUCCUCUUUAACCUAUAUAAAAAACAAAACAAACAAAAAAAACCCUGUUACCUUUAAGCCUGGAUAAUGGAAGAUUAUGCAUCUCUUGUAUAUGUAUUCAUAAAAUAAAAUGAAAGCAAAAAUA